GAGAGCUUUUUGAACGCUAUCGAAGUAGCUGUGAAUGCUAGUAAUCUAGCAUUCUUUUGCAUGACUCACCAUUGUUUCUGAAAACAGUUUAUUCCGAGGAGAAAUACAGCCAUGGCUGGAAGUGCUGGUGAAUGGUGCCUCAUGGAAAGUGACCCUGGAGUUUUCACAGAAUUAAUUAAAGGGUUCGGUUGUAAAGGAGCACAGGUCGAGGAGAUCUGGAGCAUGGAACCCGAGAACUUUGAAAAUCUCAAACCAGUACAUGGUUUGAUUUUCCUCUUCAAAUGGCAGGCAGGUGAAGAGCCAGCUGGGUCCAUCGUUCAGGACUCCAGACUGGAUGAUAUCUUCUUUGCUAAACAAGUCAUCAACAAUGCAUGUGCGACCCAGGCCAUAGUCAGCGUGCUGCUUAACUGCACCCACCCUGACGUUCACCUUGGCGACACGCUGACAGAGUUCAGGGAGUUCUCCCACAGUUUCGACGCCGCCAUGAAGGGUCUUGCUCUCAGUAAUUCUGAAGUGAUUCGUCAGGUUCAUAAUAGCUUUGCCAGACAGCAAAUGUUUGAGUUUGACGCAAAGUCGUCAUCAAAAGACGAAGAUGCCUUUCACUUUGUGAGCUAUGUUCCUGUCAGCGGAAGACUAUACGAACUGGACGGGCUUCGUGAAGGACCUAUAGAUCUUGGUGCAUGUAACCAAGACGACUGGAUUAGUGCCGUGAGACCAGUCAUUGAGAAGAGAAUACAGAGGUACAGUGAAGGAGAAAUUCGUUUCAACCUGAUGGCCAUCGUGUCAGACAGAAAGAUGAUCUAUGAACGAAAGAUCACUGAGCUUCAGGCUCAGCUCACAGAGGAAGAGCCAAUGGACACAGACCAGAGUAGCAAUUUCCUCAGCUCCAUCCAAUCAGAGAUCGCCAAGUACCAGCUCCUGAUUGAUGAGGAGAAUCAGAAGCUCAAACGAUAUAAAAUUGAGAACAUUAGACGGAAGCACAACUACCUGCCCUUUAUCAUGGAGUUACUGAAGACACUGGCAGAGUAUCAGCAGUUGAUACCAUUAGUGGAGAAGGCGAAGGAGAAACAGAGUGCCAAAAAGGCGCAGGAAGCAAAGUGAUGACACAUGUUUUGCUUGUUUGUUCUCUUCAUUCGUUGCCACGGAAAUGCCCGACUCACUGUUGUCAUCUGUAAACCCCCCCACCCCACCCCACCCCUCCCCCCACCUCCUAAUUUAAGCAUCCAGAGUUGAACUCAAGUCCAGCACUCGCUGCUGUCCUUGCAUUCAUAGGGUGGAAGUGCAUGUGAAAAGAGAUGUUUAAAUAAACAUGAC